AAAAGCCAUUCAGUCUGUUCACGCUAUAAUAUGUUCGUUGAAAUUGUGAGGAUCCCCUAAUUUGGUGUUUGGCGGCCUCACCGUGGCCGGUCCUCUUCAAUUGUUUCCUGGCGAUCUCUGCAGCCGAUAUCGAUUGAUCAAGGGGUGGAUCAGAUAUCCUCCAUAUUUGGGUGAAGCAGAUAACAUUCACUGCUAUGUCCGCCGAUAACGGGGCCGCCCUGCCUCUCAUCGAGGAAGAAGAAGGGAUCCGUCAGUAUGGGGAUAUCGAGGCCAGCGAUCGGCGAAGAAGGAAGGACAUCGACAGGCAGAGCGCCAGAGCGGUAAAGGGCGGAGCCACGAGAGGCUCCUACAGGAAGCUCGCGCUGGCAGCUACAAUGCUGGCCACGGUAGGCGUUGCCUUUGCGCUGCUGAUCACUGCAGUUGAGCUCUCCAAGGAGGAUGACACCCCCACCUAUGACCUGGGCCUGGACCGCAGCAGCCCCCAAUAUCUGCUCUUCCUUGCGAGCGCCGGCAAGCUGCUGCCCGGGGAGGUGCAUGCGACACUGCCGGAGGACGCCAUAGGCCCCGGGCGGCUGAUAAUAAUCGGGGAUGUGCACGGUUGCGUCAAGGAGCUGAAGGAGCUGCUGGAGGAGGCUGAGUAUGUGGAGGGGGAGGACACUGUCGUGCUUGUGGGAGACCUGGUGGACAAGGGCCCCUACCCGCUGGAGGUUCUGGCAGAGGCGCGGCGGCUCAAAUUCCACUCGGUGCGCGGCAACCACGACGACGAGGUGCUGGCGGCCUACGAGGCGUUGGCGCGCGGCAAGCACGUGCCGGGCGGGAAGAAAUGGGUGAAAGACUUGCCGGCGGCUGCCGCGCAGUGGCUGCACGCGCUGCCCUUCAGCCUCCGCAUCCCCUCCUACGGCGUCACCGUCGUGCACGCCGGCAUCGUGCCUGACGUGCCCCUGGAGCGGCAGUCGCUGGGGGACAUGUACCUGAUGCGCGAGGUGGUGAACGGGACGAACGGGCGGUGGCGCGCCGAGGAGGCCAAGUGCGACAGGGGCCAUUUGGGACCCCCCUGGGCCGCAGUCUGGGACGGGCCCGAACACAUCUACUUUGGGCACGACCACCAGCGCGGCCUCCAGGAGCGGCCAUACGCGACUGGGUUGGACACUGGAUGCUGCUAUGGAGACAGGCUGACGGCUGCAGUGCUGCCAGCCCUCAAAGACUUGAAGGCCCUGGGCGAUGCUUCCGGCGGGCGCCACCUGGACAAGCUUGGCGCCAAGAUAAUCUCUGUACCGGCUCAUGAGAAGUAUUAUGAUGUGGAUCCCUGCGAUUAG